AAUAAGAAAUUACAGUAUUUAAUUCCUUUAAUGGGUGGUCGGCAGGCUGAGCAAGAAAUAAUUAAUUCAGCAGUAUUUGAUUUUAAUUCCCUAUAAUUAUCUUAUAAAUUAUAUUCUCCACACACAAAUUGUUGCUAAAUUUUCAAGCUAGUUUCGGUGCUUAAAUAUUUUUUAAAUCGAACCAACCAAAGGAUGGAACUAUAAAAGAUUUCAUGGGUAUCUUCCCUUUGGCUUAAAGAAGAUAUAGAAGUAAGAUCAAGAAUGACUACUUUCAUAUUGUUUUUGAUUUCAUACAUUUCACAUCUACAAUUGGAAGUUGUUUCGUUGGCUGCUCCAUACGAUCACGAUUUUAGCUACAUGAAAUCUGUACAUAAUGCAACUGAUGUACCAUUAGAAGACGUAUACGACUAUAUAAUAGUCGGAGGAGGCACAGCAGGGUGUCCAUUGGCCGCAACUUUAUCAGAAAAAUACUCAGUUCUUGUCCUCGAAAGAGGCAAUUCCCCUGUAUCAUAUCCACAGGUUUUGAAUUCAAAUGGUGUAUUAGCAAAUCUACUGCAGGAAGACGAUGGGAAGUCACCUGCAGAGAGAUUCACUUCAGAAGAUGGAGUACCAAAUACAAGAGGAAGAGUCCUCGGUGGCAGCAGCAUGAUCAACGCGGGAUUCUACUCCAGAGCCGACAAGGAAUUCUAUAUGCAAUCAGGCAUUCAAUGGGACAUGGAUAGUGUCGAAAAUUCUUAUCAAUGGGUGGAAGAAACUAUUGUUUUCAAACCAAAUCUGUCAGUCUGGCAAUCUAUUUUCAAACAAGCUUUGCUUCAAGCAGGAGUAGGUCCUGACAAUGGAUUCACUCUGCAACAUUUGGUAGGAAGCAAAGCUUCUGGUUCCACAUUUGAUGAUCAGGGAAGGAGACAUGGAGCCGUGGAGCUUCUCAACAGAGGAGUAUUGAAGAACCUGAGAGUUGCAGUUCAGGCCUCGGUCGAGAAAAUCAUUUUCAAUUAUAAUCAUAUUGAAGGUUUAUGUGCAAUUGGAGUCGAAUAUACUGAUUCUAAUGGUUGGUCUCGUCGUCGGGCAUUUUUAAGAGAUAAAGGAGAGGUGAUAUUGAGUGCAGGGGCAAUUGGGAGCCCUCAACUUCUCCUUCUCAGUGGAAUCGGUCCAGAUCAUCAUCUUUCUUCCCUGUAUAUUCCGAUUGUUCACUCAAAUCCUGAUGUGGGAAACUUCAUGGCUGAUAAUCCUCGGAAUAGCAUCAAUAUUUUAGUCCCAUUUGAUUUGGACCCAUCAGUUGCACAGGUUGCAGGAAUUACCAGCGACUUCAAUUACAUAGAGGCAAUCUCUUCGUACAUGCCAUUUUCAUUUCCUUUACCUUUUAGCCUUUUUCCCACCUCAACUACUCCAAUUAAUUUGAGUGUGGCAUCCAUUGUUGAGAAAUUCCAUGGACCUAUAUCGAGUGGUUCUCUCCGGUUGGUGUCGCCGGUGGGGGUGGGAGUCAGUCCGGCUGUCCGAUUCAAUUACUUUGAAAAUCCGGUGGACCUUGCUCGUUGUGUUAGAGGAAUGAGGAAAGUUGGUGAUAUGCUGAAAACACAGUCCAUGGAUAGAUUUAAGUUUAGAGGUUUGAAGGAUGUAGAAGGAGGGUUCAAGUUUUUGGGACCUUCUUUGCCGAAGGAGCAGUCUGAUGAUGCAUCGAUGGAGGGGUUUUGUAGAAGCACAGUGACGACCAUGUGGCAUUACCAUGGAGGAUGCGUGGUGGGAAAGGUGGUGGAUGGUGAAUUUCGGGUGAUGGGGACGAACGCACUGAGGGUGGUAGAUAGUUCUGUAUUUAAGACUUCACCAGGAACAAACCCUCAGGCCACCGUUAUGAUGAUAGGCCGGUAUAUUGGCCUUAAGAUCUUGCAGGAAAGAAAAAAGCCCAAGUAGACGGGAAAAAAAUUGUCUUUUUUAUUUUUUAUUAUUAUUAUUAUUUUCCCUCUUUCUAGCGAAACAUGCAUAAAUACUUAAACAUAUAUAAAUGGAUAUACUUGGCAAUAUGUCCUAUCAAAUUUUAUUUAUGGGAUAGUGUUUGAAUGAAAUUAACACGAUCCAUUGAACUUUUAUGUAGAAAUAGAAAAAUAUGAA